AUGUCAAAUACCGAUGCAAUGACGGAUGAGGCACUCGAUAGCCUAAAUUCCGGUGUUGAACAAUUGGCCAUCUGCAAUUUACAACAAGAAACCAAUAAAUCCGAUUCGUGCACCAACGAGGGCGAGACAACCCCUGCGACCGACGUACAACAAAUAGCUAGCACACUCAAAUCGUUCCCUGAGAGUGAGACCAGUACCAGCUGGGAUACCAUAUCAAGAGAAGCUCCCAGUACCCUCACACCGUUUCCUCGGCUCGCGGUCGAAUUAAGGUUGGCGAUUUGGAGCCUAGCUUGUUCGCAGGAGCGCCUACUCGAAAUAACUACUCAUCCAACGGAUAAAUCUUUUGAUUUGGGUGCUCCAACACCAUCAGUCUUGUUUGUCAACCGCGAAAGCCGUGAAGAGGCUGAAAAACAUUACAACAAAGUACGACUACAUUUAGGUGAUAUUAAUUCCGCUCAAGUUGGCUUGUUUCGAACUUUCUUCAUCAAUCCCGAUAGAGACAUCUUUGACUGCACUAGCAUGAAGUACUCGAGAAAGUAUUGGCAAUUCAAAGAUUGUUUUAUGUUGCACUACGAUACAUAUUCUGGACGUUCAAUUGGAACUUGGUUGCAAACCCUAUUCGAUGAACUUAGAACCGUCAAGUGUUCACAUUGGAAUAGUCACGAUGGAGUAGAAUCCUUGGGCCACCGUGCGGUCACGUUGAUGCCGAAUCUGAAGAAAUACAUCCUCACACCUCCCAUACCAGGUAUUCCUCAACAUAUCAUGGACGCAUUCGCUUGUAGAAAUGAACAGAACGUUUGCAUCGAAGAAAUGCAGAGUGCAUUCAGAAGGAGAACAAAAAGAACCCUGCUUGUCCAACGCCUGUAG